CUUCAAUGCAACUUUGGCAUCAUCAACAGCUUCCCCUUGGCCUCCCCGCGAUGAUUCAGGCUCAGCCUCCUUUCAACCUCCAUGCCAGCUUCAAAAGCAAACCGUCGCCGCCGCAACAUCGACAACCACCUUUGCUCUGCAGCCAGCAGCCCGGGACGGCUACCACCGCCUGGCCCGAGCUAGUCGGCGCCUCCUCCCACCGUUUUUCUUCAUCGCCUUCUUUAGCCUGCACGGGCAGGCAGCUGGUACUAACUCGGUAGCGGCCGCCCGAGUGUCUCCCCCAACUCGCCCAGCUCCCCACUCCCAAGGGUCUUUACACCACGUGCUGGGCGGUUGGCCCGCGCCGUCGUCCUGCAGGCCGUCACGCUUUUCUUUCCCACAGCCUGGAUCUGGCAUGCUCCUUCAGCUCGACUGACUCUCCCCAGCUUGUGCCGACCUCCCCGUCGAUCGGUCUCACGUUCGCCUGUCCUGCAGGCCAAGCAGGUUCCGACAGCUUGGCGCAAGCCGCGACAUUUACCCUGGCCAUAUGACGCCCGCCUCCUUUGUCCAGCGGCGCUCGAGGCGUCCCGCGAUGCCGCCCCUCCCGUGCCGGCUUUGACUCUAUACAAGUUCGUCACCGGCCGUCGCGCAAGUGUCGCGCAAGGUGGCCCUACACUGCCACCUCUAUACUCGGCCAGGCGCAUUGCCCCUCUUUCGCGGUCGCGAGGUCCUUUGCGACCGUCCAUCUCAACUUCUCUGCUAGACAAGUCCCAGCGCAAAUGCCAAGUUGCUGCACGUAGACUGAACACGGCCAGCCCUCUGUCGAAAGCUGUCUGUUUCUCACAUUCUUCUUGUUCCUCCUUCGAGCGACUUUCCAACAGUAGCCCCAUAUGUUGUCCGAAUAUAAACCCGAAUUUUUGGAAAUGGCCCCAGAUCCGAGCUCGACUCGGCGGAGGAACCGCGGCUUCCUGGGCUCCGAUAGCUCGGCGCUGCCCGCCCAGGAUCUCCAGGACCGCCAUCAGCUGCGAUACGAACUCGACUUGAACUCGUGGAAUUUGCGUAUCUGGGGAGUUGCCGCCUCCGGCUUCCUGACAGACUCGUAUAACCUCUUCUCGACCAAUGUCAUUCUCGCCUCUGUCGCAUUUGUGUACUAUCCUGAUGGACGCCAAUGGCCCAGCCUUCUCAUCAACCUCUUUACCCUCCUCGGGUCUGUGCUCGGACAGCUCCUCUUCGGCUUUCUCGCAGACUGGUUCGGGCGGACCCGACUAUACGGCAUUGAGCUUGUACUCGUUAUCGUGUCGACCAUUGGCGUCGCCACGAGCAGCCAUGGCUAUGGAGACCUGCAGUUUCUCGGCUUGUUCAUCUGGUGGCGGUUUGUUAUGGGAGUGGGAAUAGGAGCAGAGUAUCCCUUGAGCGCCGUCAUUACGUCCGAGUGGUCCAGCACCCGAUCUAGGGCUACGAUGCUCUCGAGCGUGUUUCUCAUGCAGCCCAUCGGACAGGCUCUUGCCCAGCUGGUGGGACUCUGGGUUUUGCUUGGUUUCGACAGCACCAAGAAGCUUCAGACACUACAUUGCGGCCUCGACGAACUCCACGCUGAGGAAUGCCGGAAAGCUGUGGACGGUAUUUGGCGCAUCGUAAUCGGUUCCGGUGCUGUACCUGCUCUUCUGGCCAUCAUCUUCCGCUUCUUUCUCUUUGAUUGCGGCCUUUACAGUCUUGAAGUUCGCAACAAGCCGAGUCUUGCAAUCCAGAACACACAAAGAGUCUACGGAGCGCCUUCAGGUGGGUUUGCCAACUCGUUUCAGAUGCAGCUGCAGCCAAACGGUAUCCGCCCCGAGGUGUCUCCUCGGCCCAUGCCUGUCCAAUUCUCGAAACUGGAUCUGUACAACUACUUCAUCCGCGACAAGAACUGGUACUACCUGCUCGGGACGGCAGCCACAUGGUUCUUUCUCGACGUCAGUUUCUAUGGCCUGUCUUUGGACAAUCGACGGACCCUGUCGGACAUGUGGGCAACGGCGGAUCCCACCCCUAUCGACGCGCGGCUCGAGUGCUGGAAUUCGACCUUGCCGGGCGGCAGGUCCCUGGUCCCCUCAUGGCAGAAGACGGGCCUGCCAAUCUGGCAGACGGAUGCGUUGCACCCGUGCAACACUAUAUAUGAUGUUUUGGUGGAGCAGACGAAGCAAUAUCUUUUGACCGUCUCUCUUGCGUCGAUUGCGGGAAGCGUCAGCUUCAUCUUCUUCGCCAACCGCAUUCCCCGCCGACAGUGGCUCACGGCGUCAUUCCUCGUCCUGGCACUCUUCUUUGUCAUCACCGGCAUCGUGUACUACCAGGUCAACCGGUCGGCGGCCGCUCCAGCGACCAUUGUCUUGGUGUCGUUGUGUCACUUCAUGUUCAACUUUGGAGCAAACACGCUGACCUUCAUCAUCCCGGCCGAGAUAUUUCCGACUUGCUACCGAUGCACCUGUCACGGCAUCUCCGCUGCAGCCGGAAAGCUAGGGAGCAUUGUCGCCGUCAUCGUCGUCUAUGGCAUCAACUCAACAUACAAGAGCCAGACACGCCAGGGCCUCAUCUUCCUUCUCUUUGGCUCUGUCGCCGCGUUCGGGGCCAUAUUCUCGUGGGUAUAUUUGCCGGAUGUGCAACGUCGUGUAGUCGAAGAGGACGGUCGGUCAUAUCUCGAGACCAAGGACCUUGAAGAGCUAGGCGAAGGACGCGAGCGCGCCCGCCUGGGAGGGGAACCAGUAACUUUUCGAGAAAAAUGGGACGGAUUGAGGAGAAGAAGAGAGGCAUCGCGAAGGACAACGCCGAGUCCUUCACAUGAUGAGUCGAGGCCGUAAUUGCGAGGAAAUUUAAAGUGAUGUGGUGUACGGGCAUUAGGGGUAUGUACGAAGUAUGGUCUACUUGGCGUUGUUAGCAAG